GGGUCGAGCUAGAGCAAGGCUUAGUAAUGGCGGCGUCUGGGGAGCCCGGGAGGCCCUGGCAGGAGGAGGUGGCGGCAGCGGUGGUGGUGGUGGGUUCCUGCAUGACCGACCUGGUCAGUCUCACUUCUCGCUUGCCAAAAACUGGAGAAACCAUCCACGGACACAAAUUUUUCAUUGGCUUUGGAGGGAAAGGUGCCAACCAGUGUGUCCAAGCUGCUCGGCUUGGAGCGAAGGCAUCCAUAGUCUGCAAGGUUGGCAAAGAUUCUUUUGGCAAUGAUUACAUAGAAAACUUAAAACAAAAUCAUAUUUCUACAGAAUUUACAUAUCAGACCAGAGAUGCUGCAACAGGAGCUGCUUCUAUAAUUGUCAAUGAUGAAGGCCAGAAUAUCAUCGUCAUAGUGGCUGGAGCGAAUCUGCUUUUGAAUACUGAAGACUUGCAGAAGGCAGCCAGUGUCAUUAGCAGAGCCAGAGUGAUGCUCUGCCAACUCGAAAUAAGCCCAGCAACUUCUCUGGAAGCUCUGACAAUGGCCCGCAGCAGUGGAGUGAAAACAUUGUUCAACCCCGCUCCCGCCGUUGCUGACCUGGACGCCCGCUUCUAUGCCCUCUCCAGUGUCUUCUGCUGCAAUGAGAGCGAGGCUGAGAUUUUAACGGGCCUCACAGUUAGUAACCCGACCGAGGCUGGGAAGGCUGCAUUGGUUCUCCUAGAACGGGGCUGCCAGGUCGUGGUCAUUACCUUAGGAGCUUCAGGAUGCGUGACACUGUCACAGACGGAACCUGUUCCAAAGCACAUUCCCACAGAAGCAGUCAAGGCGGUGGAUACCACGACUGCAGAGCAGUGAAGGCCCUGAAGGAGGGUCAGUGGGUUCUGCUGAGCACAGCCAAGCCAGCCCCACCCCAGAACCUGAGGAGGCUACAGCCAUCUAUGGCCCAUCUACUCCAAGGCUGACAGUGGACCUCAUGAUCUCUGCAGUCUGGCUAGCCUUGGCCAGAUGAGAGAUGCUCUGCCAAGUGACACCGAGACAUGACUGCGGGCCGCCAGCUUCAGCAGGCGUGGCAGAACUCCUCCUGGGGUCACAGUGAUGCCUGACAGCUUUCAUAACAUAACCAGCUAUAAUAUAAACAAACCAUGAAAUGUCCUAAUUUUAUUAUCAAGCAACAAGCAACAUAGCCUCCCCACCCCCAUUUCCACUCUCAGCAUGGAGUAGAAAUUGAAAACAAGCUAAGGGCUUUUGGAAUGGGUGAGCGCGGCUUAAAGGAUGGGGCUCAAGCUCUGGUUGCAAGGAGAAUGAGGUGCACAGAGGGGUACAGUCAAGGAUGUCUGCUCUGUUCAUUGCUGGGUAUGUCUGCAUUUCAUAUGGGAUCCUUUAGAUGCAAGUGUUACUUCAGAGCACCCCAUCAAAAGGUUCCACCUCAGCACUGGUGUGACUGGCCACAGAGAGGCUGUCGCUGACUGAUGAGGCUGAGGAAGAACCCUGAUACACAGGCAAGGUCCAGGUGGAGCCAGCAAAUGACCUCUGUCAUUCCAGGAGCCUCUUGUCUCCAGUCAGAGGACAGCCUGAGCAGCACAGCCCUGCAGUGUGGAAACCAGACACAGCCAGCAGGGUCUCCUUGUGGCUGCCACUCAGCCUUACACAAGGCCCCAGGGAGGCAGUUGUUAUGAUCACCUGCUCUCCUACAAACCAACCAGUGAAGAGGCCAGGGCUCUGGCGUGGAGGCAUAAGGAGCUUUUUGCUGUGUCUUAAUUGAAGUUUAACCGAUGUGGUGGAAAUAAGGAGAGCAGUGCUGUCUUUAAUGUCCCCUCCAGCCUCUCUGGGCAGAAAAGCGCUGGCCUGUACACACCUGGGCCUCACCUUGCUUUGACUCUACACUCGACCUCCCAUUGAUCCUUCUCUGCCCCCAUCCAUCUAAAUGAAAUAAUGCUUUAGCCCCAUAAACCUCAUUCCAGAGAGAAAUACAUAAUUCAAGAGGAGUACGGAUGUCAAAGAGGAGGCACGCCAAUUUGUGUCAGCAUUCGCUGUGAAAUAAAGGAGUACAAGGAGAGUUUAAUGUAAUGUAGAAUUGAAAUUAAAACAGAGCCAAUAUUUAGGCAUUCCUCCGCCUGCUUCUCCCUGCUGUGACACAAAGGGCUGACUCUCUGAGUACCAAUGUCAUGUGUUGUUUGCUUUGCUUUUUCUCCUACCGGGAUUUUUUUUUCUUCUUCUCUGGGUGAAAUGUUACAUGCUUGUCUCUGGCAUCUAAAAUUUGACCUUUUCACCUGUUCCAUUCUGAUCACAGUAGCAAAAAUCAGAAGGAAAAAAAUCAGACUUUUCCCUCCGCCUUCCAAUCUCCACCCUUCAUGAUAGCAGCACAGAAAGGACCCCUGCCUGCUCAGUGUCACUGGCAGCUCU